AUGUCGAUUGUCAACCAACCCAUCACCAACAAGAAGCCGCUGCCUAAAACCGAGCUAGCGGAUGAGUCGAUUCGCCAUCUAGCGGGAGUAGCUCAGAACAUCCCUAUCAAGAUAUGUGAUAUCCUCGUUCCUGUGGAUUUCAUAGUUCUUGACAUGGAAGCUAACAAGAAGAUCCCCCUCAUCCUUGGGAGACCAUUCCUCUGCACUUCCAAGGCACAUAUUGAUGUUGGAGCCGAAGAAAUUCAAUUCACCAUCAAUGGGGCCUUGGAGAAAUUCUACUUUAAGCCAAAAGUUGAGCAGUGCUCAAUGAUCUUGGCUACAGAGUUGGCUACAAUUAUUGCCCUGACGCACACCAAAAAGAAGGCUAAAUCAAAACCACGGGCAAAAAGCCAAGCAAAUAUGGAAGAGAAAAAUAGUGCCUCUGCCCAAGAAGGCUUCUACAGCAGCUAA